AUGGUUUUAAAUUGCGGUUGCGGUCGUGGUCGUGGUUGUGGUCGUGGUUGCGGUCGCGAUUGCAGUUAUUGCGGUUGCGGGUAUUGCGGGGAUAAGCUUAUUGGAAAUAAAGAGGCAGCUCCUCGACCUCUAGCAGUCGAUCUUAUACAGCACAAUCUGUUCCGAAUCGAAUUUGAGGAUGGAAAUCGGUUAAAGCCGAAGUGUUUUAUCAGUGAUGAGGUAUUGCAACCCCUCAGGGAACCUUGGCAGGAGGCGGUGGUCAUAAAAUUGUUGGGGAAGUCAGUCGGUUUCUUUACUAUGAAGGAGAAACUACGUGGCAUUUGGAAAUUGGCUGGAGGCUACGAUGUAUUGGAUAUUGGCCAUGGCUUCUUCUUGGUCAAAUUUGAUAUGCAGGAGGAUAGAGAUAAAGUCAUUACCGGAGGGCCAUGGAUGAUGUUUGAUCAUUAUCUAGCAGUUCGGGAAUGGGUUCCAGAUUUCGUAGCAGCUGAAGUGCGUAUUGAUAAGGCGCUGGUAUGGAUUCGGUUCCCUAGUCUGGGCAUGGAAUACUAUGACGAGAGUGUCUUGCUUGCGUUGGCGACUGCUGUUGGAAGGCCAGUGAAGGUUGAUUUCAUGACUAUGAAUGCGACACGGGGCAAGUUCGCGAGGGUCUGCGUGGAGAUUGAUUUAAAUGAGCCAGUGGUGGGGAAGGUUUGGUUUAGAAAUGUCUGGUUCAAAAUUGAGUAUGAGGGUCUCCAUCUACUGUGUGCGAAGUGUGGUCGUUACGGGCAUGUGGCUCGCCAAUGUGCUGUUCAAGGUUUGGAUGGUGUAGAGAGAGAGGGAGAGGUUCCUCGGGAGGCUCCGCCGGCAACUGACGUACAUUCACAUACUCAAACAGUGGAUUUCGAUGCUGAUGGGGUCCACGGGGAUUGGAUGGUGGUUACGAAAUUCAAACGGGGAGACAAAUAUAAAGGCGUUACAGGUGGCGAGAAUAAAUGGGGAUAUAAAGGAGGGGAUUCUCAAUUUAAGUUUAAAAAUAAUCCGUUCCAAGUAUUACGGAGAGAAAAGGAUACGAAUCAGGGGCCAAUGAAUGCUGAUUAUUUGAAUACAACAAUAUUUUCAGGUACCGAGAAUCAGGGAUCCACUCCUGAGCGGCACUUUGUGGAUCAUACCUCGAAAGUGUGGACAAAGAGUAAGGGUAAACGUUCGAGACAUGAGCCAGCGGAGUCAACGGAGGAGGGGUCGUCGUCGCAAACAAUGGCUAUGAAGAAAACUGUGAACUGUUUGAAGAAUCAAACGGUGUCUAUUCCCUUGACUAGUGCUCAUGCACACGUAAAAACUGGUAUGAAACCACUACAUACACACAUGCAACCACCAUACAGCUCGUAUGUACAAAGUUUUGGAGAUCCACCGCAACCUCAUAUUAUUCCGCAACAUGCACCGAGACCCCCUGAUGACGCUUUGCCAGCUGAUGGGGUUACAGUAGGUGAUGGAGUGGAUCACAAUUCUGACGGAGUUGCUUUGGAGGAAGAUAUGGACGUUGGAGAAGAUGUUGCGCCUCACCCUCAGAAGUAG